AAACAUUUUUCUUAUCUCAUUUUAUUAUUGUGAUUUUACGGUUAUUCUGUUAAAGGUAAUAAUGUGAGUUGUCAUAGGAAAUUUAUUACAUGUAUAGUGAAGGACUUGAUUGAUGUAUUCUUAAUCCUAAGGUGACAGAAGUUCAGUCCUCAUUUAGUGAGAUACACACGACUGAUAAAUACAUGUUGAAGCAGCUCAUUCAGCCAAUGCUGACUGGAGGACAACACAGCUGUUCCUGCUAUCAUGCAGCAGAACAAUUCCGAAAAGAUAUUACGGUGCUGCACUUACAAUGUAAGGACCUGGAAAAUAAAAUCGCAGAAAAGGAACAAAUUCGAUUAAAGUUACAUAAUGAAGCCAGAUAUCUGCUGGAGAGACUGCAUAGAAUAGAAACAGUAUUGUUACAGAAGGAACCAGAAAUCAAAGAAGUUAUUCACAUGAAAUUUGAACCAAAAGAUGUCGCACGACACAAACAUACCGACACGGAAGCAAAUGCAGGAGAAGGUCUUGUUGAUGAAAACAAACAAGAAAAUGAAAAUAGUGUUCAAAUUACUGGACCAGAAGAAAAAGAGAAAAUUACACAAGGUCCUUGGGCUGGACCCUUACUGAGAAACACAUAUAUCAGUAAAUACUCACAAUCAGGAAGAAGUAGAGUAUCAGAUUUGGAAGACAUAUCAAAAGUUGAAGAUAUAUCAAUGGCAAAACAUGUUCUGAAAAAUGAAAGUGACAAGAAAGGUAUCGUAGGCAGAUCUGACAAAGAUAAUGGUAGAGACAGCAAACAUACAGGUAAAAGCCGUGGUGCAGUUAUCAAACCAAAUUUUAUGAAACCACAACAACAAAAAGCGACAGUUGUGAAACAAGAGGUAGAAUUGGUGUACGAUGGUAGAACACACUGGCGGUCUAUUUUCCAAAUGGAACUUGACAGAAAUCGUGCAAUAUUUCAAUCUCUGACGGGUGUUCUCACAAUGAUUUGCUUGGACAUAUCAGAAAGUAUGACUGAGUCAAACGCUUGGACAGAAGCAUAUACCUUCUUGUCUGAGUAUUUGUCAGGCCUAGAAAAGAUGUCUAAAUCCCACGAUUUGAAAACUGAGUACGUUGCAUUGAUAACAUUCGGGCAUGACACGAAGAUUCAGAUGGGAUACACAGAUCGUUACGAUGACGUGCGAAGGCGACUUGAUGAUAUAAAUCUUGGUGGACCUACUCAGAUGUAUGGUGGAGUUAUGUUGACUCUUGCAAAAUCAUUAUGUACUGCACGUCAUGUCGAGAGAGUUGGUAAUGGCAUCCCUGUUUUUUCCAAGAUCAUCAUAGUGACAGAUGGUAGACCAACAGAAUCUGACUUAAUUGCUGGUCCCGAUGUUGCAGACACAAGUAAAGUGGACGAGACAAAAGCAUAUAUAUUACAAGAAAUGGAAAAUUUUCAGAGGGCACAAAAAGAUGUAUAUUUUGUUGCGGUUGGCAAUCCAGACCUGGAUUUUGUCAAUACAAUGGCCACUUGUUCUGGAGGAAUGCUUCUAGACUACAGACACGGAAAACGAUUUUCAAGAAGGCACUAUUUGGCUACACAGUUUUCGCGUCCAUCUGGUAUGAUGACUGGCAUUCUGACAAGCGACUCAGAUGACGACUCAGAUGAUGGCCUCUCUGUUGAAGACAUGGAAGAUCUGCUGAAUAUACAAGAAAGGUUAAUGCGCCACGUAUCAGUAAAAAUAAGAAAAGGGGGUGGACGACACCAUUAUGGUGAAAACAACAGUAGUCAAUUGCCGUCUAUCGGCAGCCGUGUGAGGAGAGGCCCUGAUUGGAAUUACGGAACACAGGACAAUUAUGGUCCUGGAACUGUUAUAGGCCACGAUGAUGAUGGUAACGGGGUAUGGGUUGAAUGGGAUACAGAUGGGCAUCAAAACAUUUACGUGUAUGGAUCAGGAAGAUAUGAUGUUCUUCUAAUAGAUGAAGCAAGGAAGUUGAAACCAGGAGAAAUAAUUGCAGUGGGAUGUGAAGUUAAACCAGGAAUAGACUGGAAUUAUUCAGAAGGAAAAAUGAAUCAUGGUGUUGUUAUCAAGGUGGACAAGAGCAACAGGAAAGCAACGAUUCGAUGGACUGAUGGCAAAAGAGAAGAUUACACAUACGGCGAUGAUGGCUUACAAGAGAUAAAAAUAAACACGGGAGCGAAAGAUCGUGGUGAAAGUUGCAACGCAACAGAUUCAAGGGUCGGUUCCAGCAACGAAUGGAAACCUCCGCCCGCAUUGACUAUUGAAGAAUUCGAAACUAGAAAGACAAGGAAUAAAAACAAAAACUUGCGUUAAAAGUAACGUGUGAUAUGACAUCAUAACGUUUUGAUAGUAAAACACAAUAAUGUUUGUUGCAGCAUAAAACUGAGUGGUUUGUUCCAGAAGUUCAUAGACAAGUUCCAUAAUCAGAAGAUGAACACACAGUUGAUUUUUGCAAAAUGAUAAUCAAUUACUAAGAUAAAGAUAUUUGACACUCGCAAAUAAUUCCUUGUAAAGGCCUGUAGCUCCACUCUGGCCAAGUCGAGAAAUAACCGUAAUGAAGUGCAAAUGGUGUUAAAACUUGAGCGUGUAUGUACUUAUAAUUAUAAUUAGUUAAUGAUGAGCCUUUGUUUGUACGCAUUUCUUCUUAUGGAUAUUUUAGAUAAGUCGAAUUUUGUUCGCUCGAACUCGGAUAAUUCUAACAUCAGCCUUGCUAGAACUCAGGCCAGGUUAUGGCCAAAUCCCUAUAUAAUCUAUAUUGUUCAAUGGGUCGGACUACCGAUAACUCGAACAAAUUUUGUCGCAAACAAGUUUGACUGUAUAUUACCCUUAAAAGCUAUGCGUCAGCAUUUUGGGUGAAACUUUUCAACAAGUUUAUUUCCGACAAGUUUGGCGUGGAAUGUAUAAAUGACACUCAAAAGUGAUAACGUAGGUAAAAAGAAAAGUUAGAUAUUGGUAAAAAUGCAACAAUAAUGUGAAUUUUCUGCAUUAUUUCAAAAGCGUUGAAACGGUUUACUACAUUCUGCACAAUAAUUUUGGUCUAACUUAUUCAUAACAAUAUCUUGUGUCAAUAAAUGUAUACCACUAGUCACGCUCAGGGUACUCACUUUUUAUGAAUUUUUGAGAUUUUUUUCAAAAAAAAUGUAAAAUAAAAAUAUUUUAAUGAAA